AUGUAUGAUUAUCAUUAUAACGUUAUGCAGGCUCAUUAUAAGGAUAAAAUUGAGCUCAUGUAUACUGAUACAGAUUCACUGGUAUACUAUAUUCAAACCGAUGAUUUUUACAAAGAACUGGAGAAUAAUUCCAAUUUACUCGAUCGAAUGGAUACAUCAGACUUACCACAAGAUCAUCCAUGUUACAUUGCUGAGCGACAGAAAAUCCCUGGUUUGUUUUCCGAUGAAACAAAUUCAGAGGUUAUGACGCAUUUUUGUGGGCUCAGAGCAAAGUCUUAUUCAUAUAAGAUCAAUGGCAAGGAGAAGAUCAGGGCGAAAGGAAUCCGCGGGCAUGUAGUCAGAAACCAUAUGAAUUUCAACGAUCAUUAUCGCUGUCUGUUUGGUGAUACAACUUUGGAUGUGAUUACGGAGAAUGUCUCUAUCCGGUCGUUCAAACAUCGAUUGCAGACCAUUAAAUCAACCAAAUUAACUUAUAAUAGUUUCGAUGACAAGAGGGUUAUACUUGAGGAUCAAAUACAUACCUUGGCUCACGGUCACUACUCUAUAGAGUGA